CUCGCACUUCUUCGAUCCCCAAAGAUGCUUGGGAAAUAAAAUGGUAAGCGCCAACUUCAAGCGCCGUAAGGUCGAUUUGGACUUUUACCUGCACCGAGUCUUCCGCAAAAAGUCGUUCCGCCCUCUACAACGGGAGGUAGUUGCAGCAGCUGUCGAAGGACAUGAUGUCUUCUUGCAGGCGUCGACCUCCUUUGGGAAGAGCUUAUGCUUCCAAUUGCCUGCGGUAAUCAACCAUGGCGUCACUAUUGUCAUCUCGCCGCUUCUCGCAUUGAUGACAGAUCAAGUCAACGCCCUUCAAGCCAUAGGAGUCCCGGUGGCAACCAUCAACUCGACCACGCCGCUGGCAGAGCGACGAGAGAUCAUGUCAGACCUUCUCUCGGGCCAUCCCAGAACCCGUCUUCUCUACGUGACGCCAGAACUCUGCCAGACUGAGAUCUUCCGACGAAACCUGCAGACCAUCCAUAGCCAGGGAGAGCUAACGCGCAUCGCUAUCGACGAGGCUCAUUGCAUCAGUGAAUGGGGCCACGACUUCCGACCCGCGUACAAGGAGCUCUCCUGGUUCAAGCGCGUUCUUCAAACCCCAUCCGUGCCCAUCAGCGCCCUCACGGCCACGGCCACCCCGCGCGUCCGCUCUGAUAUCAUCAAUCUGCUCGGGUUGGACCCUGCGCAUCUGCGCAUCUUCAACACCCCGUCGGCUCGUCCUAAUAUCCACUAUGAGAUCCGCUUUCUCCAAGACUACGUCGAAGAUGCCGCAGACCCGCAAGACUUCCAGAUCAAGGAUCUCGUCUCGUGGUUCAAGUCCAUCCAAAGUCGUCGAGAGGCACGUUUGGGUGCCGCCACCGCGGCUUCCCUGCCCCCAAUCUCUGGGAUUGUCUACGUGUCGCUGCGCUCCGCCUCUGAAAAGCUCGCCAACGUGCUAUCAUCGGCGUGGGACGACAACAUCCGCGCCGUGGCCUACCACGCCGGCCUCUCUUCUCAAGAUCGCACCCGCAUCCAGACGGAAUGGACCUCGCCUCAACAGCGCACACAAGACACUGACACAAGCCAUCCAUCGCCGUCAUUUUACGUUAUCGUCGCGACGAACGCAUUCGGUAUGGGGAUCGACAACCCGCACGUCCGCUUUGUCGUCCACUGGAGUCCCCCACGCAGCUUCGAGGGUUUCGUCCAGGAAUCCGGCCGUGCCGGCCGUGACGGCCGCGCCGCCACCUCGAUCGUCUACUACAACACACAAGAGCGAGACCGCGUCCUCGACCGACUCCGCCGCGACGUCGAGAACGCAUACAACCGCGCCGGAGGCACCCGACCCGCAGGGAACGGGGCUUCGAACGAAAACCUCAACCCCAACGGCAACGGCAACGGCAAUGGCAACAGCAACCGCCUCUCCAACAUGGAAAACCAAUACGCACGACUCAAAAGCUUCCAGAAAGUCAUCCAGUACUGCGAAUCGACCUCGCGAUGCCGCCACGACAUGAUCAAGGAAUUCUUCGGCGACCUGGAGCUGGAAAUGAUGGGCUCGCAAGGUCCCGGGUCCGGGCCUGGACAUGGAAACGGCGCUCCCGGCAGUUCCUCGCCGUGCGACUUUGCCUGUGACUUCUGCAAAGAAGGACCGGGAGGACUGGCGAAGCGCAAGGCCAAAAUGCCGCCGGAGAACGACCUGGAGAAUUCCAUGGACUCCGGGGUCGCGUAUUACAUGCGGGACAUGUUUCCGGGGUCGUUUGGCUUCUGAGGUUUCCAUUUCUUCCCUAUCGUGUACAAUAGAUUGAUGUCCGGUGGACGAGGAUUUAUGUUUACUAAUGCG